GUGCUCGGUGUACACGAGUGUUAGUCGAGUUAAACAGUGUUUCCAUAAAAAAGGAGUAGAUAUACGCGGUCUCAGCUGUACACGAGGUGUCGAAACUUGGUUAUUUUCGCAAAGAUAUCUUAAAAAUUUGCAGUAAUUAUACGCAUCUACACGUUAUCUGUUUACAAAAAAAUGCGUGGCGUGAAUACUUUUUUUCUCGGUAUAAUUCAGUGAUGGAUUCAAUGGAAAGCAGAGAGGAUACAGUCGCAGGGUAAAACAAGAGCUAAACGAUACUUGGCCGGGUAAAACUGAUACUGAAACUACUGCCCAAUUUUCAUUUCAUGACUACAGGACAACUUAGAUACAAAAAUAUUUAUCGAUUUUAAGUGCAAGGAUGUCAAACCUAAAUAACACGAUGAAUCUGAAAAAGUGAAAAGUAAUUUAAGCUGAAAAAUUUUUUGCUACAAAAAACAUUCCAUAUCGACAACCAUCUACAAAUCUGAUCAUUGACUUGUCUGCCUACUUUAUGUGAAAAUAAAGUAUCAAAUUCGGACAAAUUAUUUCAAUGAAAAUAAGCUGAUAAUUUUGAUAAAAAGAGUUUCUAUUAUAAUCACUCUUAUCCUAAAAAAUAUUCUCGAAUAUUUUCAAUAAUUAAUCAAAUUAAAUUAUUUCAUUAGGAGUAAAAUUUGUAAAGAAGUGAAUCUUUGAAAGCACAUAUUAAUAUUAUACUUAAAAAGAUGAGGAAGCACGAAUGUAAAUUUUGUCACAACUUCUUCGCGUACAAAAGCUAUCUCGAACGUCACAUGAAUGCGGUACACUUUCGAUGCAAACCAUUCAAAUGUGACCAAUGUACAACGGCAUUCUUCUUCGAGAAGGAUCUCAAAAGACACAAACUCUCGGUGCACGAGGGCAAAAAACCCUUCGAGUGCGGGAUCUGCGGAAAAUCGUUCGGACUGAAGUGCACCCUUCAACAUCACGUCAGAGUCGUGCACGGUCGGAGCGAGCACUGCGAAUGCCACGUGUGUCACAAGAAAUUCGCCCGCAAGGAGAACCUUCGGUCUCACAUAAAAUCGAAACACAGCAAGAGCGAAGGCAAAGCUCUCGAGUGCAAAAUUUGCCACAAGACGUACAGUCAUCGAGAAAUCCUCAGAUGCCACAUAGUGCAAGUACACGAUUGCACCAAGUUCUACGAGUGUAACGUUUGUAGCGAAUCCUUCGCGACCAAGGGUGAACUCAAUAAGCACACGAUCGAGGUGCACGAGGGUACGAAUUCUUUCGAUUGCGAAAUUUGCCACGAAUCGUUUGGUGACAAAAACGGCCUCUUCAAGCACUCGAGCUCGGUCCACGAUCUGACGAAAUACUUCGAGUGCGACCUUUGCCAGAGGAUAUUUUCGUUCAAGAGUAGCCUCAAUAAGCACAUCAAUUUCCGUCACAAUCCCGAAAUAUCUUUCGAAUGCGACCAUUGUCAUAAAUUGUUCGGCGACAAGAGUAAUCUCAGUAGACACGUACAAAGCGUACACAGCGAAAGCAAAGCCUUCCAGUGCGAGAUUUGCGAGAAAUCGUUCUCGGAGAAGGGUAAUCUCGUCAAACACAUGAGCGGCGUGCACGCGCGCAGAAAGCCCUUCCAAUGCGAGAUCUGUUCCAAAUCGUUCGCGCAAAAAAUUCACUACCAAGUUCACGUCGACAGUGUGCACGAUCGCAGCAAACCCUUCCAGUGCGACACCUGCAUAAGAUCGUUCGCGAACAAGAAGGAACUCGUUAAGCACAUGAAUUCGGAACACAAUCAGCUAAAACCCUUCGAAUGCGAGACUUGCCACAAAUCAUUCGCGCGAAAGCAAUUCCUCAAGAAACACGUAGAGGUGAUGCACGCCGGUGGCCCACGCGUCGAUUGUGACAAAUGUGACAAAUCGUUUGCGUGCAAAAGUUACCUGUUAAAACACGUAAAGACGUGUCAUAAAAAACCCUAAGAAUGCAUUGUCUCUUGCCA